GGCUACGAAAUAUUUCCUCGGUUUGUAGGUUAUGUUUGAGUGAUCAAUUGUCAAAAUUUUUAUGGUGAAUUUAUAAAUUUGUCUCUCUUUAUGUAAAUGGACGUCAUAAAAGUUAAAAUAAGCUACUUUAGCCACAUAUUAUCUUAAAUAUAUAAAAUUGGUCAUCAACAUUAGUGAAUUAACAAACUGUGUGAAUUCCAGAAAUUUGACAUUGAAAUGUUGCGAUGUGAACUCAGAAGACAAAUAAUCGGCUCUAAACUAAACUAAACAGAUUUAGAAACAAGAAUAUCUAGUUCUGUGAACAUUUUACACUGUUAAACAAUUUUCAACUACAGCUCGAUUGCAAAAUGACAACGAGUCAGCUCGCAGUAUUGAAACUUUACAACAUAGUGGUAGACGACGUGAUAUCCGGAGUGAGAAAUUCUUUCUUAGAUGACGGUGUAGACGAACAAGUGUUACAAGAACUAAAACAACUAUGGAAGACAAAGCUUCAAGCCAGUGGAGCCACGGACCCGUUACAACCUGAGCCGAUGCUGCCACCUCCUCCAGUGUUACAGAAUUUCCAAAAAGUAAAUGGUAGUAAUGUAGUGCAUAAAAGAACUGACAUGGGACAUACUUCGGGGCAACAAGAACAUAGUGCACCAGCAUCUAGUGUAGCUGGAACGCAUACUCAUCAUAUUCUAGACCCUAAUAAUAAAGUGCCAGUUCAGCUUACAUUACCUGCUCAACCUGGAGUUCCAGGGUCCCAGCCUCGUUCAUUUACCAUUCAAAUUCCAGCAUCAGCUCUGAACGGCAACAAACUGCAUCAGGUCUUAACAGGUCCUAUAAUAAAUGCUACCAUUAGCCUUCCACAACCUCUAGCUGCUACUUUACUGCAACAACAUAUCAACUCGGCUUUAGCAGGACAAAAAAGUGAUUUUGAUAGCGGCGGAGGCGGCCGCAGUGGAACUGCUCCUUUCUCUUUAGAUGGUGCUUUGGACUCUUCUGAUGAUGAUGGCUCAAACGUAGGUGAUGGUUCAGAAGACGGUGCAGCAGAUGAUGAUGAUGAUGACGAUUCUCCCGAAGAGCGGGCAGAAGAAGAAGAAGAAGAACAAAAUGAAAGUGGUGGUGCUGAAGAAGAACCCCUAAAUUCCGGUGAUGAUGUAUCUGAUGAGGAGCCAGGGGACAUGUUUGAUACUGAUAAUGUAGUUGUUUGCCAAUAUGAUAAAAUUACACGCAGUCGCAAUAGGUGGAAGUUCUAUCUCAAAGAUGGAAUCAUGAAUCUAGCUGGAAAGGAUUAUGUAUUCCAAAAGGCUAAUGGUGAUGCGGAAUGGUGAUUAUAGACAGUGUGUAUUUUAUAGAAAAUUAUUUGUUAUAUCUCGGAAUUAGGGCUUAAGGUCUCAUAAUUAUUAUUUCGUUAUUUCGACAUGUAAUUUGAUGUCUGUAUGGCAGAUAUCUGUGUAACAAGAUUACGAUAAGAUUGUUAAACAAAUUAUGAAAAAAAAAACAAUCUUUAGUAGGUAGAUUUGAAGUUUUCUAAGACACUAGUAUUACCAAUAGUAAAAAACUCUACCAAGCUCCUUCAGUCUCACUUCCCAUUAGUGUGUUUUUGUACACUACUGAGACUACUACUUACUACUAUACUUACAAAAAAAACACUAAAAUCUAAAUGAAAGAUAUUUAUGUGACUUUGUGCUUCUAAUAUCGAGAUACAUAUCUUGACUUAUUGGGUAUUAAUAAUGUACAAUACAAAAGAAGUUUGUGAAUAAUUUUGUUAUCUCUUAAGUUGAUGCUCUUUAAUUUAAAUGCCACCAUUAAAAUUACAAUAAAUGUGACACAUGA